AUGCUCGACUCGUUCGAGGUGCUCUCGACCUCGGGCGUCGUGCUCUGGUCCAAGAAGUACGCGCCCGUCAACCCCAAAACCGUCGACGCCCUGAUCCGCGAGGUCUUUAUCGAAGAGCGCAAUGUGGCCACCGAUGACCAGAACGCCACCCAAAAACCCACCUUCAAGCGCGACGGCUACACCCUAAAGUGGACAACAGCAAAGGACUUUGGCCUGAUUUUUGUCGCUGUGUACCAAUCAUUGGUGCACCUUACGUGGAUAGACAAGCUGCUCGACAACGUGCGCGCUCUGUUUACCGAGCUGUACAAGGACCAGCUCAAGAAGCGCAACACCGCGGCCCUCAAUUGUCCUUUUGACGACUAUUUCGACCGCCAGGUGCAGGAGCUGGAGCCGCACGCCGAUUCCCUGCGCAACCUGGAGUCCUCGGUCAGCACCGUUGCUGAGUUCACGCCGCCUUCUAGCUCUGGCACCGAUCAUGAUGAGGAUGCGCCUCCUCCCAUGCCGGGCCUGCGCAAGCCUACGCCGAAGCCCAUGUUCAGUGAUAACAACACAUCGACUGAUGCCACGCCCGUAGCAACGCCCGAUACCUCGCGUCCCAGCUCGCCUGCCGUCAACAACCACCUGCUGGCCGCCAAGGGGGGGCCGAGACAAUCGCGCCGCGCAAAGAAGAAGGCCGCCAUGUCAUCUGCACCCGUUUCGUCGGGUGACGAGUCUCCCGCUAGGCGGUCCACGGCAGGGAAGGGUUCCGCGAAGAAGGGAAGGAAGUGGGACGAGUUUGGCGCUGCGGACGAGGAAGAUGAUACCCAGUUGGACUACUCCACACAUUCUGUUGACUCUGAGGCACCAGCAGCCAGUACAGUCGAGGCAGUGGACUCGUCAUCUUGGGGCAAGAGAACCGGAAAGGGUGAAUUUGUGUUGAAAGAUUUGGACGAAGAGAUGGAUGAGAUUAUUGCGGCGGCAAAUGCCAAGAGGGAAAAGAGCACACAGGCUGCGCCCAGUGGCUUGGUGGGCUCCAGUAUCGGAGCGAUUGGUGGCCUGUUCAGGAAUGUCGUUGGCGGAAAGACGCUCACCAAGGAGGAUCUGGCCAAGCCGCUGAAGGGUAUGGAAGACCAUUUGCUGAAGAAGAACGUCGCUCGCGAGGCCGCAGUCAGGUUGUGCGAGAGCGUCGAGCACGAUCUUAUUGGCGUGAAGACCAGCAGUUUCACCAGUGUGGAGACAACCAUUCGCAACAGCAUGGAGUCCGCGCUCCGCAAAAUCCUUACGCCUACAACAUCCCUGGAUCUCCUCCGCGCCAUUCAAAACGUCAACCAACCCUCCGCUCUCUCCAUGCAAAGUCCUCGUCCCUACGUCAUUUCCAUCGUAGGUGUCAACGGCGUUGGCAAGUCGACCAACCUCUCCAAGAUCUGCUACUUCCUCCUGCAAAAUAAGUUCCGUGUCCUUGUUGUCGCGGCCGAUACCUUCCGUAGUGGUGCUGUCGAGCAGCUACGCGUCCACGUGCGCAACCUCCAAGAGCUCUCCGCGCGUGAAGGCGGCAGCGUAGAUCUGUACGAGCGCGGCUACGGCAAGGACGCAGCCAACAUCGCCGCCGAUGCCGUCAAGCAUGCCAGCUCUCCGGCGACCCCGUACGAUGUCGUUCUCAUCGACACUGCCGGUCGCCGCCACAACGACCAGCGUCUCAUGUCUUCGCUCGAGAAGUUCGCCAAGCUGGCCAACCCGGACAAGAUCCUCAUGGUCGGCGAGGCGCUCGUCGGUACCGACUCGGUUGCACAGGCACGCAACUUCAACGCCAGUUUCGGCACAGGCAGGAAGCUAGACGGCUUUAUUAUCAGCAAGUGCGACACUGUGGGAGACAUGGUGGGAACGCUGGUGUCGAUGGUCCACGCAACGGGCAUCCCGGUCGUGUUUUUGGGUACGGGUCAGCACUACAGUGAUCUGAGGACGCUGAACGUGUCGUGGGCGACGAAUUUGUUGAUGAGCUAG